AUGGCAACUGCUUCAGACCUCAAGGCAGAUCGCAGAGUCGUUAAAUGUCCAGGGUGUAAAACGCCUAGCGAAGAUCACCAUUGGGGUAUUCCCUCAAAGUUUUGCGAGGGGUUCGAGAAAUCCUCGCCUAAAAAGGAAAUGGAAACUUCACCUACGAGCGAAACAGUAUUCUCCGCCUUGGCAGCUGAGUUAGAGUCCUUAGAACUGGAAGAAGAAGAAUUGCGGCGUCAGGAGGAAGAGUCAAAAUUGCGGAAACGGAUAGCGGAUAAGCGAAAGCUCAUCGAGAGGCUCCGAAAAUCUGGCUCCGGAGAUGCUGCUGGUGAGGACAACACCCCCCGCUUGACAAUCAAGGAUCUCCCGAAGGUGGAUUUCAGCGAUGCUGAGGGCAGAACCCCUCUUGACGAAUUUUUGGCUGGUUGGGAAGAUCAGCCCCAAUUCCGACCCACGGACUCGAUUUGGCAGCGUGCUGGAGCGUGUGAAGGCGGCCGCGUGCAGUCAUCUCACCAGCCGUCGAGUACGGAAAUGUUCCUCAAACCCAUGAAGACAGCGAAGGGUGAGAAACCAUUGCUAAUAAUAGACUUUGUAAAUAACAUUGUCCCCCAAGAACAGGAAGAGACCUUGGGCAACCAAGGAAGUGCUAAAAUUGUGGUGACUUAUGGGCCAAAAAAGCCAAAAUUAGAGUCCAUUUCUAUCCCACAGUGGGUGGUUGCGAACACUCGUAUUUUUUAUACCCUACUCUCAGAGGGCAAAUUAUCUACUCAAUCGGCUAUUCAGGAUUAUCUAGCCUACACGGUCAAAAUAAUGGAAUUGAUAGCUAGGUACGAUUGGAAGUCCAUUCUUAUGUACGAUAAUGAGUUUAGGAAAUUGCAGGCUAUCUAUAAGUUUUCAUGGAGUUUUGACUCCACACAUUUGCAUACGGUUUUACUUCAGCCCAUUUAUAAACCUAACCCACCCACUGCCACUACUAAACCAUCUGCUUCUAAUACCAACCAGCGCAACGCCUUUGCCAGCUUUACGCCAGAUGGUAGGGUUAUCUGCCGCAAUUUUAAUGGGCCCAGGGGUUGUACACUCCCAAAUUGUAAUUUUGCCCAUGUCUGUAAUCGUAAGAUUGCAGGGAAGGCUUGUGCCAUGUCUCACCCCGGGUUCUCUCACAAAGUUGCCGACCCUCCAAGCGCGCAAACACCGCAAUGA